GGCCGCCACGAUGACCAGUCUCGCCAGCCUUCAGACAGAACAGAAAAACGUCAAGACAUCGAACAUCGAUGCUGUUUCUUCACUAGAAAUAUGUCAAAUGAUUAAUGAGGAGGAUGAUACUGUUGCUAAAGCUGUCAAGACUUGUCUCCCACAAAUUGCCGCCGCCAUAGAUGUGAUUGUACCUCGCCUUUUAGCUGGAGGCAGGGUUAUCUAUACUGGUGCCGGAACAAGUGGAAGACUAGGUGUUCUAGAUGCAUCUGAAAUUCCCCCAACAUUCUCAGCGCCACCCUGGCAAUUCGUUGGAUUGAUCGCGGGCGGCGAUGAGGCUAUUCGAAACGCCGUAGAAGGCGCCGAAGAUUUGGAAGAUAUGGGCGCCGCUGACCUCGCCGGUUUAUCCCCGCCUGCUAACGAAAAAGAUGUUGUAGUAGGCAUCGCUUCGUCUGGAAGAACUCCCUACGUUCUGGGUAGCUUAAAAUAUGCCCAGACACUGAGAGCUGCUACUGUUGGGCUGAGUUGUGUGAGGCCUAGCGCACUCGAAAAGUUUUGCGACAUCCUCAUUGAGUGUGUGACUGGGCCUGAAGUGAUUACUGGUAGUACCCGACUCAAAGCUGGAACUGCAACGAAGAUGAUUCUGAAUAUGAUUUCUACUGGAUCGCAAGUCCGCAUCGGGAAGACCUUUGGAAAUUUUAUGGUGGAUUUGAAAACGACCAACGAUAAGUUACGGGAUAGGGCACGUCGUGUAGUCCAUGACAUUGUCCGAUCAACAUCAGCCCUUGAUAUUAAUCAAGAAAAAUUGCUGGAUCAAGUUUUGGCCCAAUGUGACGGCGAAGUCAAGCUCAGCAUCCUGGUAGCGACCUUGAGCUGCUCCCCAGAGGAAGGUAAAGCAAAACUGCUUGCAUCAUCUGGGUCACUGAAACGGGCUAUAUCGAAACCCAACGCCAUGACGACGCUUAAUGUCCUUGGACUGAACUGUGGCACAAGUAUUGAUGUUCUUCAGUCAAAACUGAGCCAAUCUACUGAAUGUGAAAAAAGCAUGUUGACAAUGUUACUAGGCAUCGAUGUUGCCCUUUGUCGCAUCUCUUCACUUGCAUCAUCGAAUGAUGUGCAGAUCGAGCUGAUUUCUUAUACUGAGGUCUCCGUUGACCCCGAUAUUCGUAACCAUGUCCUUCGGUUGUGCCGCCCUAAUCAAAAAGCGGCCACCACAUCUUUGGCAGAAAUUUGUGACCUAAACUUUGCUCUUGGAAAAGAAUUCUUUCGCGCAAUUGAGGAGUCGAAGGUUGACCUAGCUGAAGUUGACCUCAUAGCAAGCCAUGGUCAAACCUUAUGGCAUCAACCAUUGGGUGAAGAUCGUUCUACUCUUCAGAUGGCAGAGCCUUCUAUAAUUGCUCACAAGUCUAAAAGGACGGUAGUGAGUAAUUUUCGAGUUGCUGAGCUUGCAGCAGGCCGUCAAGGAGCUCCAUUAGCCGGCUUUUUUGAAGCUGGACUUCUUUUAGAUCAGAAAGUAACACGAAUCAGUCAAAAUAUCGGCGGCAUGGGGAAUGCAACCGUGCUGCCGGCAUCUAGCAAUUCAAAAUCCGACGAGCUUAGCCCUGUCUAUCUAGCCUUCGACACUGGUCCGGGGAACGUUUUGAUUGACGCUGCGAUGCGUAUUCUAACCGAUGGCAAACAACACUAUGAUCGCGACGGCAUCCUCGGCGCCAAAGGCGAGUCGGAGAUUGAUGAGGAUCUCGUCGAUAGCUUCUUAAAAUCGGAGCCCUAUUUCCAGCGACAGCCACCCAAAACCACUGGCCGUGAACUGUUUUCUGAUGAUAUUUCUUGUGCACUUGUAAAAAGAAUGCAAGCCUCAGGGAAAUCUCCGGAGGCCAUUAUUGCCACUAUUACUCGCAUUACGGCGGAAUCGAUUGCGAGGGCAUAUGAACAAUUUGUCAUACCAUUUCUUGGGGAAGGUCAUGACAUUGAUGAAAUUUACAUCUGUGGUGGUGGUGCUUACAACCCCAAUAUUCUCAAGCACUUGCAGGCACGGUUCCCGGAGAGUCGUGUGCUGAAACUUAACGAUGCCCCCACCAAACUUGACCCCAGUGCCAAAGAGGCUGUCAUGUUUGCACUACUUGGCUACCUCUGCAUAUGUGGCCGAAGCGUUCCAAUUGCAGCAGAUGCCGAAUCAUUAGAUCCAGCUAUUUUGGGGGUUGUGACUCCAGGAGAAAACUACCGUGAAAUCCUGCAAAAAGUAGUACGAGCCCAAGAUUUUGGAAAUAUUGGGAAGCUAGGGAGAAUUUUAAUGCUAGAAUCCAAGGGCUAA